CCAGGCACAGAGUCUUGAGUUUGGUUGCGGGCAGAUUGAAGGUUUGUUUCACUUUUACUUCCAAGGGGUCCCGGAGAAUUGCAGGCAGGCGUCAGGUACCGCACCAAAGCGUAGGCCUACUCUCGGGGAAGACUCCAGCCGCUUUGCAGGGAACAGAAGGUGAGACCUCCACAACCAUGGCUGAGUUGCUGGAAAACAGCAGAAUGGCAGAUGUCCUUAGCAUUUUGCUGGAAACACCAGAUAAGAUCAAGCUUGACAUUGACAUUUCAGGAGUAACGGGUGCUGUGAAAUCUGCCCUGGUCAAUGCCCUUCGAGGUCUUGGCGAUCAGGAAGAAGGUGCUGCAGAAAUUGGAGUAUGUGAGACCACUAUGAAGGUAGUCCCUUACCAGCACCCUAAACUUCCCUGUAACAAUACAGUAUGGGAUCUCCCAGGAAUUGGCACAUCUCAAUUCACAGCUGAUACGUACCUCCAGCGGGUAAACUUUGACCGCUAUGACUUCUUCAUUAUUGUAGCAAAAGCAAUUGAGCAGCUGGGAAAAAAGUUUUACUUUGUGCGCACCAAGGUUGACUGGGAUUUGGAAAGUGCCAGGAGACAACAGACCCCCUACUAUGAUGAGGAGGGUGUCCUGAGUAAAAUCCAUAACGACUGUAUGCGGAGACUCAGAGAAGCAAAGUUCACCUCCGGGGUUUUCCUCCUUUCCAGAUAUGACCUCAACAAGUACGAUUUCCACCGUUUGGAGGAAACGCUAGAGAAGGACCUCCCUGUCCACAAACAACGGGCUUUUAUUUUGGCCCUUCCAAGCAUCUCCACGCAUAUCCUACAGAAGAAGAAAGCGGUUCUGAAGAAACAUGCAUAGGAAGUAGCCACGGUGUUGUGUGGCGUCACUGCAACCCCAACGGCAGGCAUCCCUUUUGCUUGUGACACGUCCCUCCUCUUGCCGUCCAUGUUAAACUACUAUCAGGAGUUUGGUGUGAAUGAUGAGUCUCUUGCCAAACUUGCUAGGCUGGUUAAGCAACCUGAGGAGGAACUUAGAGCCGAGAUGAAGAAGUCCCCUCUGUCUUCAGCAUUGCAUUUGCAUGUAGACGCGGAGUUUGGGUUUUUCCGUAUUAUGUUCUCACCUCUAUUGCUGCUCCGUGGCUCCCCAGCAGCAGGGAGAAUUGCUUUUAUGUCAACGCUGAGAAUGCUGGAAAGUUUUGUGGAUGAUUUGGAGGAAGAUGCUGAAAGGGUUCUUAACAAGGCAGUUGGGAGGAAA